GUCUUAACGCCGCCGGCCAACCGGCCGGCCGCCACGCCUUCAGGACGAGGAUAAAUGAGAACCUGAGGAGGUUGAUCCACCGAGACGCCGACCAGCCGCAGGAUGAGUUCUGCUCAGAGUCUGGAGGACAAACUGGAGGCUCUGCAGAGCCACUUGACCUGGGAGCUCCACCCCUCCAGGUCCAAACUGACCUACCUGAGGAACCGACUGGAGGACAUUGGUACAGAUCAGGGGAACUUCUGGCUGGGUCAUGUCUACAACCUGCUGGGCUUCAUCCAGUACCAGCUGGGCUCCUCUGAAGACGCCCUGAACCUCUUCAAUCGGGCCGCUGAGACCUUCCAGAGGCAGAAAAACGCUGAUGAAGGUCCCUGGUUGAUGGUGAACUUUGGGAAUCUGGCCUGGCUGCACCAUCACCUGGGAGAAGAUGAGAAGAGUGAAGACUACCUGUCAAAGGUCGACGGUCUGAUGAAGAAGAAGAAGGGAGAUCUCUACCCAAAGGUAUUAGCUGAAAAGGCCUGGACCCUGAUGACAUUUGAUAAAGAGAAGAAGCUGGAGGCUGCAGAGCUCUUCCAGAGAGCCAUCGAGAUGCAGCCGGACACCGUGGAGUGGCGGAGCAGCUACGCCAUACUAUCAACAGAGUUCCUCACAAAACGCCAGAUCAUCUUAGAGCCUGAAGUCUUUGAGAGACUGAGAUCAGCUAAAGAACAAGAUCCAGGUAACUUAUAUGUUGCUGCUCUUUAUCUGGAGGCACGCGCUGCAAAACAAGAACAAAUCCAUGAUGAAGCAAGAGAGUUAGCUAGAAAGGUUCUAGAAAGGCCUCCAAGCAUGUACAGUGGAAUCAGCCCAUUGCUGCGUCUGUACAGAAGCAAAAUCUCUAAAGAUGAAGCUGUUCAAUUAGCUGAAGAGGCCCUGAAGAGACAUCCAGACUCACGAUACUUCAAAAGAUUGACUGCUAUCUGCUACAUGAAGAGGAUCCUUAAUCCGGACCGCCAGGACCCCAAACCUUCCCGCAGCAUUGUGAACCGAGCCAUCAGUCUGUGGGAGGGAAUGAUUGCAGCUUAUGAUGACUCUUGUCUUAAACAACAAAUAACUCUAGCAGACUUAUAUGCAAAGCAACCAAAUACAAAAGACAAAGCUGACGAGAUUUACAAAAAGCUGCUGGAAGAAAGAGAAGAUCUGGAUCCAGCAGGAUUACAGAUGCUUUACUGUCGCUACGCAAAGCAUUUAUACUUCAGCGGACACGAUAGUGGCAGGUCCAUCGAGUACCACAUGAAGGCAGCAGAGAUCCAGGAAACAUCCAAGUAUCGACAGAACAGCAUUAGAGAGCUGGAGAAGACCAUCAGUAGAAACAGAAACCCUGAACUGAUUGAAGAAAUAAAACGUCUUCUGACCAAACUGAGAAUUCAGCCUGGAGCUCAGAAUCAGUGAAUAUUAAAGACCUGAAGCUGAAGAUCAUAUAAAAUCUGUACGAUGUUCCAGACAUGAACAGAGUCACUUCAAAUGGUUUUUAUCUCUAUAAAAUCCAAUAAAAUGAUGAAUAAUGUUUUAUCACAUUGUUUUACCUGUUUUGAAAAUCUGUAGAAUAAAGCCUUGAUUUUGAGGAAA